CAGAACACUGAGAUCUACAUUUACAAAAGAUUGUAGGCUCACUGUAUUGAUAGCCUCAUUACAGAAAGAUGAGUGCAUCAGUUUAUCAAAACCUUUCAGCGGGCUGCAAGACAUCUGAUCAAAAGGAAAGUUUAUAUGAGGAUAUUUACGUGAAUGAAGAUGCAACAGAGACAAAACUGACCAAAAGCAAUAAGAAAGCUAUGACUUCAGUUAACAGUGUGAGCUGGAGGCUGCAUUCUACACUGUAGAGAUCUACAUUUACAAAAAAAAAUUAAAGCUUACUGUCUUUCCAGCAAAAUCACAGAGAGAUGAAUAAAUCAGUUUAUAAAAACUUUUCUGCAGACAGCAGGUUAGCUUAUCAAAAGGAGAGCUCCAACUCAUUUGAAGAUCUCUGCAUGAGUGAAAAUGCAACAGAAACACAAGCGACCCGAAGCAAUAAGAGAGCUAUGACUUCAGUCUUCAAAAGAAACACUUCAGGACACAGGAGUUACAAACUGGCUGUGGUGUGUCUUCUGAUCCUUCUUGUUUUCUUGCUGGUUGUCAUCACAAUACUGUGGGUUAAGCUGACUACAAAGGGAGACCAGGUACAGACCAGUUACAACAACUCGUCUGCUGAAAAACAGUUAAAUAUCAGUUACACCAACUUGAUUGCUGAGAAAGAUCAAUUAGAGGCAGCCUACAAAAAAGUAGCUGAAGAAAGAGACCAGUUCAAGAAGAAAGCAGAUGAAUUCGAGAAUAAGCUUUCAUCAAUGGGAUGGAAAUUCUUUGGCUCUAGUCUUUAUUAUAUCUCUACUGAGAAAAGGAGCUGGAGUGAGAGCAGACAGGACUGCCAGGGGAAAGGAGCAGACCUGGUGAUCAUAAAGAGCAGAGAAGAGCAGGACUUUGUUGAGGAUCUGAGAAAGAGUGAUCCUGCCUGGAUUGGUGCUCAUGACAUAGACAAAGAGGGGGACUGGAAAUGGGUGGAUGGUACAGCAGUGACCAAUGGGUUCUGGAGACAGGGUGAACCCAACAAUGUUGGUGAGGAAGACUGUGUUGCAACUGGGUAUCUGACUGUGCCUGUACCAAAUUGGUUUGAUUAUUCUUGUAGUUUAAAAUAUGUUUGGAUCUGUGAAAUGGGAAUGAAUACCUGACAUGUUUUAUUGGAAUGAAAAACAGAAAUGGAUUUAAAAAUCUGUCAAAUCUUACAAUCAAAUAUACUUUGCAUAUAAACUUGUGAAUAUCUAAACAUAUUCAAGACACACAGAAAUAUAUAGAAAUUAUUAUUAGUAUAGAAAUUAUUUUCAAUUAACAAAUUUGAUUGAUGACCCUAGAUACUUCACUCUAUGUAUGUCUUGUGUCAGGUAUGGUGAGAGUUACAGUCAAUGGUUUUCAAUUAAAUAAAUCCUGAAUCAUACACUGUGCCAGGUUAUGCACAAGAAGGCACACAUUUAAUUCAAUUGAAUAGUACUUGUAUAGCACAAAAAUCUACUUUGUUACAAAGCAGAUUAAUAGAUUAAGAUAUAUGGAACUCUGGUGGGAAAAACCUCUCUGAGAUGAUAUGAGAAACAAUCCUCGAGAGGAACCAGUAGUGAAUCUUUUAUCUGUAUUCUGUAACCAAGAAACCAAGAAAGUGUAUGAGUAAUGUUUCUGUUGACAUAAGUGUUUGUUCAGUUGUAUAUUUUCUUUUGUUUCUUGUCAUGCAUCUGUUUCAUUUUACUCUUUUUGUUCCUGCUGUUUUCAUUCUGAUGUUAUCUAUGGUUGUGUUUUGGUGUUCAUUAUUAAAUCUA